GAAGAGGAAGAAAGGAGGUCUCUUGCUAGAGCCAGAUGAGAAAGAGGAAGAAAAAGCUCAGCAGAAUGAAGAGGAGGAGGAGGAGGAAGUGGAUAAUGUACAGCAGGUGGAAAGAAACAGAGAAGAAGAAGAAAAAAAGAAAGAGGAUGCUCUUUGGGCCAGUUUCCUUAGUGAUGUGGGACAGAAACCUAAAGCAGCGGCUGCCACACAACUGACGCAAGCUAAGAAGGCUGAAGAAGAAAAGAGUGGGAACAAGCUUCAGGAGAAACCAAAAGAGUCUGAGAAGCCAAAAGAUUCAGGAAAAGUGACAAUCACCAAAGUGUUUGAUUUUGCUGGUGAGGAAGUCAGAGUCACUAAAGAAGUGGACUCGACCUCAAAAGAAGCUAAAUCUUUUCUGAAGCAGCAAGAGAAAUGGCAGUCAGCAGCUCCACCUUCCCUCCCGACAGUCUCUGGGUGA